AUGGUAGUGCUGCGGUUUAAAACCACUCGUGUGUCUUUUACCAUCCUCACGAGAGUCAGUGCCCCUCACGAGGGUCAGAUACAGAUGCUGUGUGAUCACCGAGUCGACGCGAAGUUGCCGACCGGCGAGGGAGUGACUGAAAUCGCUGACGGUACCCCCUGCUCUGUGUGGCGGCUAGCAGCAUCAUGUCCACCAUGGUGUGUCCGACCCGCGGGGGCGGGUGGGGGCGAUGAGAAGCUGGAGAAGCUGUCCCAGGAGGAGAUCAUGGCCAGCACGCGGCUGGUGGCCCAGGGCCUGGAGGCGCUCCGCAGCGAGCACAACGCCAUCCUGCACAGCCUGGUGGAGACCAUCCGCUGCCUGAAGAAGGACGAGGAGGCAGCCUGGUGCGACGAGAAGUCCAGCCUGCUGCGCAAGUCCGUGGAGAUGAUCGAGCUGGGGCUCGGGGAGGCACAGGUGAUGAUGGCGCUGUCCAGCCACCUGAGCGCGGUGGAGUCGGAGAAGCAGAAGCUGCGUGCGCAGGUGCGGCGCCUGUGCCAGGAGAACCAGUGGCUGCGGGACGAGCUGGCCAACACGCAGCAGAAGCUGCAGAAGAGCGAGCAGAACGUGGCCCAGCUGGAGGAGGAGAAGAAGCACCUGGAGUUCAUGAACCAGCUCAAGAAGUACGACCAGGACGUCUCGCCCACGCACGCUCAAGAAGUACGACCAGGACGUCUCGCCCACGCAGAGGAGAAGGUGGGGGAGACCCCCAAGGACUCUCUGGAUGACCUGUUCCCCAACGAUGACGAUGACCACGGACCAGGAAUGCCCCAGCAACACAACAGCGCUGCGGCGGCAGCGGCCCAGCAGGGCGGCUACGAGAUCCCGGCGCGGCUGCGGACGCUGCACAACCUGGUGAUCCAGUACGCCUCGCAGGGCCGCUACGAGGUGGCCGUGCCGCUGUGCAAGCAGGCGCUGGAGGACCUGGAGAAGACCUCCGGCCACGACCACCCCGACGUCGCACCGAUGCUCAACAUCCUGGCCCUGGUCUACAGAGACCAGAACAAAUACAAAGAGGCGGCCCACCUGCUCAACGACGCCCUGUCAAUCAGAGAGAAGACCCUCGGCAAAGACCACCCAGCGGUGGCGGCCACCCUGAACAACCUGGCCGUGCUCUACGGGAAGAGGGGCAAGUACAAGGAGGCAGAGCCCCUCUGCAAGAGGGCGCUGGAGAUCCGAGAGAAGGUACGGCAAGCCAGAGGGUCCAAAUGCAUGCCUCAAAACUCAAUACUCCAGGGCAGGAUCGGUGAGGGCACUCAUUACGGCGAGUACGGGGGAUGGUACAAGGCCUGUAAGGUUAGCAGCCCAACUGUUCACACCACACUGCGGAACCUGAGUGCUUUGUACCGCCGGCAAGGCAAGAUGGAGGCCGCCGAGACCCUGGAUGAGUGUGCCAUGAGAUCCCGCAAGCAGGUCCUGAGGGAUGGUGAGGGGGACCGUGAGCGCAGACGGAGCAGAGACAGCCUCUCCAGCAUCAAAUACGAGAGUGGCUCCGAGGCCGGAGAUGAUGGCAGCGUGGAGUGGAACGGGGAUGGCAGCGGUGCCAUGGUGAGGAGUGGUUCUCUGGGUAAGCUGAGAGACGUGCUGCGCAGGAGCAGUGAGAUGCUGGUGAAAAAACUGCAGGGGACCAUCCCCCCUGAGCCCCGCAACCCAAAUAUGAAGAGAGCCGCUUCACUGAACUACCUGAACAGCAGAGACGACUCAGAAUCGUUUCAGGGUCCAGGAACUGGCCGGAGGCUGAGGGACAGCAGAGGCCUGAGUUCCAGCACUGUGGACCUGUACACGGAAAAAUGAUCAUCACACACACACACAGAGAAUAAUGACCACUACAAAUAUCUGAGCAGUCAUGAACGAGAAUAGCACUUUUUUUUUCUGAUCUUGUCAAGAGCUUCAUGUUUACCAAAGGAAUCAGGGGCGCGUUUCCCAAAACCAUAGUUGCUAAGUAACUAAGUUACUAAGUAACUAAGUUAGCAACUUUGUCGGUAGCAAUGCAAUUUCCCAUUGCCAACCAACUAAGUUGCUAACAGGUUAGAAACUAUGGUUUUGGGAAACGCACCCCAGAACGGUAACUACAAAGCAACAACAAAUGUCUUCUCCAUGCAUAGGCCUAUGACUGGCCACAAUGUUCAAAGCUGUGCAUGCAGUACAUCUCUAUGGUACAUCGCACUGGGACAGACCUGACAGCGAGUGUGCAGAACGAGUAUAAUUACGUCCUAUUGCAUCUUCUAUCUACUAAUCAUGCCCAGCAACUACACUGUGUGUCAACUCAGGUAAUUAUUUGACUCCACAUAGCUUCCUGCUACACACUGUAUGUGCCCGUGUAUGCACUGCACACACACACACACACACACACACACACACACUCACACACACACACACACACACACACACACACACACUUCAUAUUUACGACAAUGUAUCGUUUUAUUUGCCACUUUUGAAACACAUUACCUCCCAUUAAGAUUGGGAUAUUUGAUGAGCUAUAUAAACAUUGGCACAUUGUACUAUUCUUUUUAUUUAAAUUUUUUGCACAGACUGAUCUAAUGAAGGUAUCAGCCAAACUCAAUACUUUGGUGCUGCUGCUAUGGUGCUUUACAUACAAUCAGGGUGUGUGUCUGUGACAUAGUUGUUAUGGUCACAUGUUUGGUGUGUUUAUUUUUAUUUUUUUUACACUAAAUUGCAUUAUUUCCUCUUGUUGUAAUUUGUACAUCGAUGAUGAAAUGACUUUUUCUUCUUCUUUAACCAGAUACGGGUCCAGCCUACCUAUCUGUAUAGAAUGAGUUUAUUGGAAGUGUGAUGCUUUUUUAAAAUAAGUACUUGAUUGCUGCACAGUCAUGUUUUCUGUUCAGGAAUAUGGCAAUGUUUCUAUGCUACUGUGCUCUUUCCCGUAAGAUGUAUCUUGUCUCAAAUCCAUGCACAGGUGGAAUUGUAUGUCAACCGCUGACAAAUAACGUGUUAAAAUGUGUGCAAAUGCUCUCUUGAAUGCUUUUAAGGUUCACAGUGAUUAAUGACUUUGCCCGUUCAAAACAACUAUUGAUGAAGAUUGGCUAAUAAAAAAUAUGUUUUAAAACAUAA